GAGCGGGGGUCUAGCUUAGUGUCGAUCGACUUUGCUACUCUCUUCAAGUGCAUAAAUACCGCAUCGGCGACAUCGAGCUGACCCUCAAUAACUACGCCCACCGGGGAACACGCAAGGCUCGGUGGCUCCUCCGAACAUUCAUUCGCAUUCCUUGGAUCCUCAGACGUUUGCUAUGCAUGACCAGACGGGUUCCUUAGCCGGAACCCGAAGCAGGAAGACGAUCUGUGAUUUCUGGGCCAAUAGAACAUCUGCGGGCUGUCCAAAUGGAGGAUGGUAGGGAAAUGGCCCACUGUUCAAUUCGGGGGUUUAGGGCAGAUUACGGCCCCCCCGGAUAUCAGGCGCCGAUAUUAUCGGUCACGGAAACAACAUGCCAAACAUCUGGGCUUGGAUUGCGGGAUAUUAAUCAAGUCGAGGCAUAGACUCGCAUCGAUCUUCUCUGGCCGCCGGCAACUCUUUCACGUAACGAUGCCUGAAGACCGAUAAUACGUCAUGCCGCCACAAAGUCUCGAGUAUAUUUAACCCCUAGCUUCGCCCUUGACAGUUGUCCCCCGUCUCUUUUAGCUUCAGGAGAUCAGCUAGCACUAAUCUCGCAUCCCAAAUACCUUCAUAUCUUCCAAAAUGAGGACUACUAUCGCUGGUCUCGCUGUUUUCACGCUUGCAGCCACCGUUGCUGGCCAUGCGACUUUCCAGCAACUAUGGGUAGCCGGGGAAGACCAAGGGUCAACUUGCGCGAGACUUCCCGCAAACAACAACCCGGUCACGAGCGUGUCUUCGAGCGAUAUCCGCUGCAAUGUCGGCGGCACUAAGGCUGCUGCGAGCAAGUGCAGCGUACCAGCCGGAAGCACCGUCACCGUCGAGAUGCACCAGCAACCCGGCGACCGCGACUGCAGCAAGGAGGCAAUAGGAGGAAAUCACUUCGGGCCCGUGAUAGUGUACCUUAGCAAAGUUGGCGAUGCGGCCUCGGCCGACGGGUCAUCGUCCUGGUUCAAGAUCUUCGAGUUGGGCUACGACGCUGCCACCAAGACCUGGGGUAAUGAUCUCCUGAACGAAGGCUGUGGCAAGCAGGACAUCAAGAUCCCCUCCAACAUCGCGCCCGGCGACUAUCUCCUGCGUGCCGAGACCAUCGCGCUUCAUACCGCAUCCCAGUCCAACGGCGCCCAGUUCUACAUGACCUGCUACCAAAUCACGGUCACCGGUGGCGGUUCCGCGAAUCCGUCCGGGGUCCAGUUCCCCGGCGCGUACAGCUCGAGCGACCCCGGCAUCAAGGUCGACAUCUGGGGCAACGGCUUCCAGGAGUACAAGAUCCCCGGGCCCCCCGUGUACUCGGGCUAGUCUUCCCAUGCCGACGUUUUUUUCUCAGCAGCGCGUUCUCGGUGCUUCGCCGAGAGUGGAAGGUACGAGCAUGGUAGCAUGGUGAAUAUGUGGUGGUGCCUCUAAAAGAUGUGUGUAAUUAUUCUUUUUCGGAUAUUAAUGCAAACCCGAUGUGGUAUUAGGAGAUAGACGUUCGUGGAGAAAGAAAAUAUGCAUUUAAUUUAGGCUUUGAACACUUAAAUUUUGUUGUGCGACGAUGAACGUCGAGGUCCUCAGACGAGCGGGUUCGUUCUGUCUGGAAAAGGGGGUGUAACAGCGCAGCCAUCAUUUCGUCCUAAGACUUGUAUUGGUCCCAGUCAACCACUUUACGUAUUAAUUGGCAAUUGGUUCGAAUGUGCAAUACAAGUCUAUUAAUGUAUAGAAACCUACCCCGUAUAAUAAUAGGCACCUAAUCGAUUAGGCAUC